AUGGUCCAGUUCAUCAAGGCGUCCAACCUGUACGACUUCAACUUCGCCACGGCGUCGUAUGCGUACAUGAACAAGUACCCCAACCCGUUUGCCAAGCACGUGCAGAGCUCAGACACCUUGGAGCAGUACGUGGAUGAUUCGGGGAUGCUCCGAACAACGAAGCUAGUUGUCAAAAGGGGGCUGUUGCCCUUGUUCAUCCAGCCCUUUUUGGGCUCGUCCUUGGACUCGUGGAUCUUGGAAAAAUCCGUGAUUGACCCCAGGUCCGGCAUCAUGUCGGCUUAUUGUUCGAAUGUCGACCACAGGAAAUUCAUCAAGGUCGAGGAGUAUCUUCACUAUACUAGUGAAGGAACACGUACACACAUUGAGAGCAAGGUGAAGCUAUCGAGCAACUUUGCUGGCAUGAAGGAGAGAAUCGAGUUGUGGGGCCACCGCCGGUUCCAGAAGAACAUGUCCCAAUCACAGGAAGGACUCAAGUAUGUGAUGAACAAGUUCAAGCAGCGCAUGCGUCAGGAGACAUGGAAGAUAUAG